CCGGGCUUCAGCGGGGCCUGGCAGCCAUGUCGCUAUUGUCCCCCCUAAUUCCUGCCUUUUGGGUCUAUUUUAUCGGCUUCCGCGUCGUCCUGGAGCAGCUUUUUCGACGUCUCCGUCCGCGCUCCGUUUCCAAAGCAGGUGCUCAUUCAUGAGUGAAGAAUCAAAAGGGGUUGGGACAGUGGCUAAGAAGCGAUGGAGAAUAAAACUUUGGAAACUUCCCCAUCAGACCUAAAGUUAGUGGCCCACCCAAGAGCAAAGAGUAAAGUAUGGAAGUACUUUGGCUUUGAUACCAAUGCAGAGGGAUGUAUAUUACAAUGGAAGAAGAUCUACUGCCGCAUUUGCAUGGCACAGAUUGCUUAUUCAGGAAAUACAUCCAACCUCUCUUACCAUCUUGAAAAGAAUCACCCAGAUGAAUUUUGUGAAUUUGUGAAAAGCAAUACUGAGCAAAUGAGAGAGGCUUUUGCAACUGCAUUUUCAAAACUGAAGCCUGAAUCAUCUCAGCAGGUUGUUCAGGACAACUUAAUUAUUAAAACAAGUCACAAUUAUGAGAAUAAAAAGCAUCAAGAGUUGACCUCAGCAGUGAUUAGUUUAAUCUGUGAAGGGUUACAUCCUCCAUCUAUUGUUGAUGAACCCACAUUUAAGAGUCUCUUAAGAACAGCUGACCCCAGAUAUGAACUUCCUUGCAGAAAGUACUUCUGCACAAAAGGAAUUCCUGAAAAAUAUGUUGCUGUUAGAGAGAUUGUGUUAAAAGAAUUGAUAGACAUUCUGUGGUGUGGCAUAUCAACUGAUAUAUGGAGAAGUCAUAGUCAGAAUAGAUCCUAUGUAACAUUGUCUGUUCAUUUUCUUAGUACUGGUUCUUCUGGCAGCUUGGCUAUUAAUUCUCGUUGCCUAAAAACAUUUGAAGUGCCAGAGGAAAACACUGCAGAGACAAUUACAAGAGUCCUGUAUGAGAUAUUCAUUGAAUGGGAAAUUAAUACCAAAACUUUUGGGGCUACAACAGACAAUGGAAAAGACGUAGUGAAAGCUUGCUCUCUUUUAGACAUCUCAGUACAGAUGCCAUGCUUAGGUCAGACUUUCAAUGUGGGUAUACAGCAAGCUUUUCAGCUUCCUAGAUUGAGCAAUGUCCUAUCUAGAUGUCGAAAACUGGUGGAAUAUUUUCAGCAGUCUGCAGUAGCCAUGUACAUGUUGAGUGAGAAGCAGCAACAGCAGAAUAGUUUGCAUUGCAUGCUUGUGAGUGAUCGUGUUUCCUGGUGGGGCAGCACACUUGCCAUGCUGCAGCGUCUUAAAGAACAACAGUUUGUCAUUGCUGCAGUGCUUGUGGAAGAUAGCAAUAAUCACCACCUGAUGCUGGAAGCUAAUGAAUGGAAUACAAUUGAAGGGCUGGUAGAUUUGCUUCAGCCAUUCAAGCAGGUAGCUGAGAUGAUAUCUGCUUCCAAAUACCCAAGAAUAAGCAUGGUGAAACCUCUUCUUCAUAUGCUGUUAAAUACAACAUUAAGUAUAAAAGAAAAUGACUUAAAAGAAAUAAGCAUGGCAAAGGAGGUGAUUGCCAAGGAACUAUCAGUGACAUAUCAGCAUAAUCCUGAGAUAGACAUGUUUCUUAAUGUUGCAACUUUCUUAGAUCCAAGAUACAAGAAAUUGCCCUUUCUUUCGACUUUUGAAAAACAACAGGUUGAGAACAGAGUGCUGGAAGAAGCAAAAAGUAUCCUGGAAAAAAUAAAAGACAAUACUUCAAGGCCUGAAGAAAAAUUGUUUGCGGUGUCAGAAGAGCCACCAGUGAAAAAAGCGGCAAUUUCUUCAACACCUCCUCCUACUAGUGCUAUCAAUAAUAUGCUUGCAGAAAUCUUUUGCCAGACGGGGAGUGUUGAAGAUCAAGAGGAGUGGCAUGCUCAGAUUAUUGAGGAACUGAGUAAUUUCAAGUCACAGAAAGUUCUUGGGCUCAGUGAAGAUCCACUCAAGUGGUGGUCCGAUAGACUUGCUUUGUUUCCUGUUUUGCCAAAGGUGCUUCAGAAAUACUGGUGCAUUGUAGCUACAAGGAUCUUUCCAGAACGUCUUUUUAGUUCUUCAGCCAAUGUUGUUAGUGCUAAAAGAAAUCGGCUAGCCCCAGCUCACGUAGAUGAGCAGGUUUUUCUGUACGAGAACACUCAUAGUGGAUCUGAAGCUGAACCUGAUGAAGAGGAUGAAGGAGAGUGGGGAUUGGAACAGGAUCAUAUGAUUAAUUCAAGUAACACAGCAAAUGGGAGCAGCAGUUUUUUAAAUAUGCGUGAUAAUGGCUUCAUGUAGAAACAGUAGACUUUCAAACAAAAAUUAAUAGUCUUAAAUUACCAAACAAACAAAAAACUAUUUUAAAAAUGUACAUAUUGAACAACUUCAACAUAGGUAGGUUUUGUAUGUGGAAUAUGUGAGUGAGUCUGGAUGAUGGUUGUAAUUUGUGAUUCAAGAAGACAAACUGGCAUAAAAGUUGUAAGUAUGGAGUCAGGAAAAGCUACAGAUAUAUUUUAUCAUUGAUUUAGAAAUAGGAUGUAUAAAUAGUAAUUUAUAAACAGUUGGUUAGUCACCUGCUAUACAAUCCCUUUAAACAAUAUUUUCAGCAAAUAUAUGACUUAAGGUCAAUAUGCAAAGUGUUUUUGAUGUAGGAUUUUUUAUUUUUAAAAGUUUUGAUUUAAGUGUUCAUGCAUUUAAUAUUUAAAGCUUUUUAAAGGUCAGUUUAUCAGAAAUUAAUUAUGUGAAGGAUCUAAUGUUUAAUAGACUGUUGUGUUAUUUCUGAUAACCAGAUUAUUUCUUUCUUGUUAAAGUGUCCUGAAAUAGAAGUGUUAGGAUUCUUAUUUUUAUUUGGUUAUAGUGAAUUCUUGGUACAUGUACUGGGUAUGCUAUGCUACAAUGCAGCUGUAGGAACCUGUAGACUUUCAGAUGUAGUUGAAUUUUAAUACUCUUUUCUGGAGCUCCAUAUUAUGUUUGUGGUAAGGAAUAACGAUAGAGCAAUGUUGUCAACUGUACUAUAAACUAAAUGUAACCUUUCCAAAGUUAAUAUAACGGCAAAAAUAUUAAAGUUGCUCUAUCAGGAAAUGAAUAUGACAUUGAAUUAUAUCACCAUAUUAUUACAAGUCAUUAGUUUUGUAACUUGUACUAUCACCAAGCAAUCAUUUGCAAAGCUUAGGAGUGGUUUUUUCAUUUGUACCUUCAAGAAAACUUAUCUAUAUAAAGUGGCAUCAUGCUUCUAGGCACCAUUCCAGAUGUAUCACAUUGAUAUAUCUACUUUGCUAAUUUAUUCCAUAAAUUCUAAACUUCUGUUGCAUUGGAACAUCUGUGCCAAAUGGUAAUAGUUCUUAUUAUGUCAUACCUGACAUGAAAUUUACUAGCUUCUAGUUCAAUAUCAUGGCAUCUCAUGUCACUCAAACAUGGUAGAUUUUUGCUUAUAAGUGUUAAAAUUAAUGUUCUAGACAUUUAUAGGGUGCUUCAGACAUCUGUUCUCAACAAUGGGUAUAUUGCUAGAGUGGUAGUCAUACUUGAGAAUUACCAGGCUAUGGAAGGAUAGACUUGGAAAAUCUUUUGAAAUAACUUAACACUUACUAUUUUGAAGUUGGAAUUUUUCUGCUGAUAUUCUUUUUUUUAGUUCUAAUUUGAUGCUUUCCUUUUUUUUUUUGAGGUAUCAUUUAUUGUCAAAAUAAUUCCAACAUAAACAGUUCUUGAAUGCUUCUCAUAUUUAUGCUCUUUUCCAGAAAUGAUUAACUACUUUAUGUAGAAAAUCAGCAUAGAAGAGUUUUGAGACAUGACACAUAGAUUUGUCUGUAUCAGUUUAUGUCACCAAUAUAACAAACUCUGCCCUGGAAUGUACUCUUAUAAAUAAGAGUUGAUAAGUAGAUAAGUUAAGGCACUUGAUUGUUUCUCAACCCAUAAUCAGCCUAUUAAAGCAGACAUGGAUAUAAUUGUGAAAUUUCCUAUUCUAAAUAGUUGUUAGAUAAGUAAAAAUGUCUGACAGAGUCUUCUGAAUGCUGUUUUAGUAUUGACCUAUUCAGAUAUAGCUGAUGGAUCCCACUUUGAGCUUUGGUUUCUAUAAAAUGAUCAUGAUAAAGAGCUUUUAUUUCUAUCUCAUUUACCAUCUUAUGCCCGGUAAUAGAAGGAAAGAAACAAAUAUGCAGAUAAGUCUGCACAUGUUAGAAUACAUCUAACAUCUAUUUAUGUUAUAUUUCAAAAUGGGGCACAUAAAAGAUUGGAAAUGUAAAUUUUAUAGUGUAAAAUAGAAUUUAAUCUUUGAGUUAUACAGUUGCAGUAUUAGUAGCUACUAGCAUCUUUAGAUACCAGGUGAAACAUAUAACUUUCAAUUGUUCAAUAAUCUGUUAUCAUUCUAAAUUCUACAUGUGGAUAUAGAUUUUUCAUACAAUAUUUUCCUGUGUAAAUGUAGUCUUUAAAAGGUUAUUGCAUUUCAAAAAUUCCAACUGUAAUUGGAAAAAAUGAAAGAAAAAUUGUCACAAUACAAAAUGUAUUUUUUGAAUUUUAUGAGCCUUUAAAUGUCUAGUUAAUUAUGAUAUAAUUGUAAUAUUUAGUAAAUUGUACUAAAGUUUACUAUUACUGUCUUUCCAUUUCUAUUAUGUAAUUUUAUAACCAUACUUCAUUUUUAAUAAACAUUUUGACGUAAAAAUCAUGAAUUUUUUUUAAAGAUUUUAACUGAAUAGUUAAAUGUCCAGUUCAUAAUAGUCUUUGGGGCCUGUUUUUUGAGACAGUGUAUAUCAUUUUAUAGAAGUACUUAGUCUAUGCCUCUGAAUUUUUUCCUCAGAAUAAAUUUCUUGACUGUGUUUCAAUAAAAAACAAAAACAAAAACAAAUUGUCAGUGUCAGAAAUUUUAACAUGAAAAAAACCAACAAAAGUGGGAUGAACCCAAAAUAUUUUCUUUAAUAAUGAUAAUGCAGAUUGAAUUGUGAUACUUUGUUGAAGCAUAGGAAACAGAUUUUAUUAUACUGUAUUAAACUGAACACCUAUAAGAUUUUCUAUUCAUUUGUUGAAGUUCAUGUUCACAUGUUAAAAUGAUUAUACCUGCCUGACCAGGAAGGGAAUCAGAUCUCUGGAUUCAAAAAGUCCUUCAUAGUCAGUUACAAAGUACUUUAACAUUGAAUUUUUAAAGAAAUGCUAUAGGAUUUUAGCUUUUUUCUUUAACAAAAACACUUUAUAUUUACAAUUAAUAGAAGCAAUACAAAGAGAAUAUAUUGAAUAUAAAAUCAGAAUAUAAAAAUUAUUAAAAGAAAUCUAAAAAGUACAGAUUGAUUAUUUAGACAUUGAUAACAUUAAUAAGAUCUCCACUUCUGCUUUCCUUUUCAUCUUAUUUUAUCAUUCACUUCCUUCUGUCCCAGCUCCUGCAUUAAGCUAUAGUGUGUUUAUAUACUUGUAAUACAAGAUAAAAUUUAAUAUAUGUGAUAGCUCUGAGUACAUGAAAGGUUAAGCUGUAAUAAAGUAUUAAUCUAUGGAUCUGAAAGACUCAUUGUUGCUUUUUA